AUGGAAUGCCAAACACUCCAACAACAAAUGAAAUUGUUGAGAAGUGAAAAUUGGCUUGAAAAGGUUUUAAUUAAAACAAAAGCCAAAGUUUUGGGUGUCUCACCCUCGACGGCCCGCCUCAACAACUUGUAUGACGAUGUCGAAGGGAAGUCUGGAAGAAAACGAGAAAUUAAUCAAUCGAGAAUGCCGUUGUUGUUGGAAACAAUUCGAGAAAGACAAAACACCACCAAACCAAUCACCACUAAAGAGAUGGGAAAUAUUGUAGAAGGAGUUGUUGGGAAGAAAGUAUUAAAAAGUACACUUGACGUAACAGGAGCGAUGAAAGAGUUGGUCAGUGCAAUUUCUGCAGACAACAUUAUUUCAAAUGACGCCACCAAAGACUCAAACACAAGAGCAGCUUCUGAUCAACGCCUCAAAAACUCGUUAUCCAAAAUUCUCAACUCUUUGGAUACCUCUGCAUCACAUGAAGUUGUAAUUGCGUCUUUUCGCCGAGCAGGUAUGGUUUCAAGAUUGACCAACAACAGAUUUGUUUUUUAUGUUGACAUCAAAUCUGCCAGUCGUCUUGUUGAAGAGUUUAGUGCGUUUUUCCAAGCCAAUGUGUUUUCAAAUGUGGUAAUAGCCAGAAGACUCUCUGCUCCACACAAUGAAAUUGAGACUGUUUCGAUAUCUGAUUUAAAAAGAGAGAGAAAGAGAGCACCAGAAACUUCGGUUUUUGUCAGGCAUAUCAACCAUUUAACCCAACAAAUCGAAUUUUCAGGUAACUUGGAGCAAUCCAUUUCCAUUUUAAAAACUCAAAUUGCCCAGUAUUUGUGA